AUCAUCACGACUAACAAUCAACGGCGGCUGGCUACUGGAAACUUUUGGCAGUUGGUCAAACUUCAAUAAUGUCUCGGGUCUUAUGCCUCGUAGCUAUCUCAAUUGGGCUCACAAUAUGCCACGUUUCACCUCCAAUGGUCGUUGGAAGGCCUCGAGAAGGUCUAUUGACGGGUGAUCCCGCAGAAGGACCUACUACAGAUGCAAAAUAUAUGAUUUACUCGAAUAUUACACAGAAAGUCGACCAUUUCUCAAAUGGAACAAAUAUUGGAGUUUGGCAACAGCACUACCAAUACAAUUGGAAAUUUUACAACAAAACAACUGGAUACGUCUUCCUGAUGAUUGGUGGUGAAAGUUCCAUCAAUAAAACUAAUGGAGAUAGAUGGAUCCGUCAUGAAGGAGAAACCAUGAUGAAAUGGGUGGCAGAGUUCCAAGCCGCCGCUUUUCAAGUCGAGCACAGAUUUUACGGAUCUAAAGAAUAUUCCCCAAUUGGAGAUCAGACAACAGCGAGCAUGAAGCUUUUGACAAUUGAUCAGGCACUUGCUGAUAUUAAAGAGUUUAUUACUCAAAUAAAUGCACUUUAUUUCAAAGAUGACAAACCAAUUUGGGUGACAUUCGGAGGAUCAUAUCCUGGAUCAUUGUCUGCUUUCUUUAGAGAAACAUAUCCAGAAAUGACUGCAGGAGCAGUAUCAUCUUCUUCUGCUGUUCAUGUAUUUGUAGAUUAUUAUGGAUAUGCUAUUAAUACUGAAAAGACUUAUAGAACUGUUAGUGACUCCUGUGGAGAUGUUAUCAAGGUUGCAUUCCAAAAGCUUAUCACUAAAGCAUAUAAUGGAUCGGAUAGCCGUGCACUUCUUAAACAACAAUUCAAUCUUUGUGACAGCUUCGACGAGACGAAUCUAUCAAAAGCCGUGCAAUUUUUUUUCCAAAAUGUCUAUGGAUACUUUCAGAUAAUCAAUCAAUAUACCGGAGAUAAUAAGAGCAAUGCUACACGAUCCGGAUUGGGAGUUCCUGCAGCUUGUGAUCUUCUAAACAACGCGACAAUUGGAGAUGAGGUCCAGAGAGUUAUUGCUGUAAUGAAUCUUUAUGAUUCCUGGUUUAAGCCAUCAGCGUCUGGAUGCCGACCAAAUAAUUACACAGCUUUUAUUCAAGCCUAUUCGGACACUACAAUGCCCAAUGAGAACGUCAUUGGCACUCGCAGUUGGAUCUGGCAGACUUGCACGGAGCUCGGAUAUUAUCAGACUACUGACGGAGGAAAUGGUGGAAUCUUUGGAUCUACAGUUCCACUUGAUUUCUUCGCCGAUCAAUGCAUUGAUCUCUUUGGGCCGGAAUACACCCUGGAUAAUACUUUCAAACUCGUAGAUCAAGUUCGUACUAAAUACGGAGGAGCUGGCACAUAUCGUGGAACCAAUGUCGUUUUUCCAAACGGAUCCUUCGAUCCUUGGAAUGGUCUUGGCUACAAAUGGAAUAACACGAAUAAUAAUGUUGAUGCUUGGUUGAUCGAAGGAACAUCUCAUUGUGCUGAUAUGUAUCCAGCAAGCGAUUCGGAUAAACAAUCAUUGAAAGAUGCGAGAAUCCGGAUUCAUGGUCAUUUAUCCAGGUGGCUAUCAGAUGCACAGGCUAUUAGGCAGCAUUCAGGUUCCACUACAAACUUCUCAAUCUUCACCGCCAUCUCCAUUGUAAUUUUCAGCAUCCUAUUCUAACUUUCAAAAUAUUAUUUUUCAAAUUUUAUUCUAGAAAUAAUAAAAGUCCAAUUUUGAU